AUGGCACCGCCACCGAAAUAUCUCACUGGAAACGUGGCUGCGAUAAAUGAAUUCAUCGACCGCUUUGAUGUCUUCCUACUGGACUGUGAUGGCGUUCUAUGGUCCGGGGACCACCUCUUCGAAGGAAUUGUCGAGACAUUGGAGAUGCUAAGAUCCCGAGGCAAAAAGGUGGUGUUUGUGACCAACAAUUCGACCAAGUCCCGCCCCGACUACCAAAAGAAACUCACAUCCAAGGGGAUCCCCAGCGACGUCGAGGAGAUAUUCGCUUCGGCCUACUCGUCCGCCAUCUACAUCUCGCGGAUCCUGCAGCUGCCCGCCCCCAAGAACAAAGUCUUCGUCAUCGGUGAGAGCGGCAUCGAAAGCGAGCUGCGCACCGAAAACGUCCCCUUCAUCGGCGGGACGGACCCCGCUCUCCGCCGCGACAUCACCCCCGAAGACUACGACAAGAUGGCCGACGGAUCGAUGCUGGACCCGGAUGUGGGUGUCGUGCUGGCCGGGCUCGACUUCCACAUCAACUACCUCAAGCUCGCGCUGGGAUACCAGUACCUGCAGCGCGGCGCCGUGUUCCUCGUCACGAAUGAGGAUAGCACUUUGCCUAUGAACCAUACCUUUUUUCCCGGUGCGGGGUCCAUUUCCAUCCCGCUGGUGAACAUGACGGGCCAGAAGCCGACGGCGUUGGGGAAGCCGAGUCAGGCGAUGAUGGAUGCUAUUGAGGGCAAGUUCCAGCUGGAUCGGGCACGGACGUGCAUGGUGGGCGAUCGUCUCAAUACGGAUAUCCAGUUUGGUAUCGAGGGGGGAUUAGGAGGUACGUUGGCUGUGCUCACGGGGGUGAGCAAAAAGGAGCAGUGGGAGAUUGAAGGCGCAGAGAUUGUGCCUGCGUUCUACGUGGAUGCGCUGAGUGACCUUCGUGCGGCGAAGAACUGA